AUGAAACUUCGAAUGCUUCUCCACAACAAGCGACGGGAGCUUACGGCGAAAGACAUCAAUACUUUAAAAAAAAGAAUUGAUGCGAAAUUGAAAAAUGUCAAAUCUUGCAAGGGUUUGGCCAUGGAAUUGGUAAAGUGUCUAAGUGAAUCAGUUUGUGUUAAGGUUGAGAAGCGUUCAUUCAGGGAAUGUGCUGGAGAAAAAAGCCCUUCUAUACCAAGCGAAUGUGUUGGACUCGGAGAAACUUAUUUCAAUUGCAAAAGAGGACAGGUUGACAUGAGAGCUAGGAUCCGUGGAAACAAGGAUUACUAAGUGAAUGGGGG